AUGGAGCUGCAUCUCGAGCACCAGCGGAAAAAUGAUUCUUUCCCAGCCACAACCGGCGCGGCUUCGACUGAGUCGACGUCCAUGCCCAAGUCUCCUUUCGAAAAAGACACACCCACAUUACCAGGCCACGACUCGAUGGUGACCGUCCGACUGUCCGAGCCGCCUUCCUUGUCGGUCUAUACGGACCUUCCACCGCCCGUCAUGCCUUCUAGGAGGAGCAUCUUUGGACCGGAGUGUACACCUACCAGUGCAACAGCACCAUCCAUGAAAGAGGAGGAAGUGCCUGUCGUGGAGAAUGUCGAGUCGAAGACAUUUGUCGAAGCCCCGAAGAACUUACACGACGAAUUACAGGACAUCGUGGACUCUGUUGAGAAUGAAGAACAAGUAGAGCCGCCACAAGAAGACGACGACUCGAUGGGGGAAUCCGACUCUGAAGAAGUCAAUUGGGAGGAGUUGCAGAAGACAGAAGACGAACAAGUUAAGAACCAGGAUGACAACGAUAAUUCCACCGCCAUGCUUCUAGAACGACUCGAACAAGAAAACAAUAAGCUGGCUACGAAUCCGAAGAGUAUCAAGGUCAGAGUCGUGGAACAACCCGUGGUGCGCCGACCGAGACCGCCCUCGAUGGCACAACUACGAGACAUGGUCCACGGGCCAACACCCACCGCUGUACGAUACUCUGUCCUCCCGCCUCCCCCGAUGACCGACCUGGAAUUCUAUAUGGCAUUGGUUAAGGACUACCAGCAAACAGCUGCCAGACUUCCCACGCUGCUGUCCAACAAGAUCAGGAAGGGAAUCCCGCCUCCGCUGAGGGGGGUGGUUUGGCAGAGCAUGGCUAGGGCGCGCGACUCGCUGCUAUUGGAACAGUUUGACAGUCUCAGCAACGAAUCGAGUCCCUAUGAAGGAAUCAUCGGCAAAGACCUUGGCAGAAGUUUCCCUGGGGUGGACAUGUUCCGAGAUCCAGAGGGCGACGGACAACGAAUGCUCGGACGAGUGUUGAAAUGCUUCUCACUCUACGACCAGAAGAUAGGAUACUGCCAGGGACUCGCUUUCCUGGUCGGUCCUCUCCUGAUGCACAUGCCAGACAACCAGGCUUUCUGUGUUCUGGUCCGGCUGAUGGAACACUAUGAUCUCCGAUCGUGCUUCCUACCCGACUUGUCAGGGCUGCAUGUCCGAAUCUACCAGUUCCGGGAACUUCUUCGGCUGAAUUUGCCUAUGUUAUCGAACCACCUGGAUGAUCUUCAGGUUGAUCCAGCAUACGUUUCACAAUGGUUCCUCUCCUUCUUCGCCGUAACUUGCCCGCUACCCAUGCUGUUUCGCAUCUACGAUGUCAUCUUUGCCGAAGGCGCGUCGGAAACCAUUAUGCGGGUGGCUCUCUCGCUUAUGCGAAAGAAUGAGAGCCGCAUCUUGGCCUGCACCGAGCUUGAGGAUGUUAUGCAACUCCUCUUAUCUCGCGGACUGUGGGACUGUUAUCAUUACAACGCAGAUGAGUUCGUCGAUGAUUUCGUUAGUCUAUCCAACGUCGUAUCGAGAGAGAGAUUAGCCCAGCUGGAGCUGGGGUACAGAGAGGAAAAGAUCGCCAGUGCCAGCUCCGCCCGGACGGCAGAUGUCACCAGCGCCGCCUCCCGCUUCCUGGGCCGUCUCUGGACUACGAGCACCUCGUCGCCAAAAUCCGCGUCUUUGUCUCCGGGUCUGCCUGCACCGUUGAGGCCGUUUAGCAUGCUCCGUCGCAGCACGUCGAAGCAGAGCUUGGCGUCGACGCUCAAUUCCAUCGACGCCGGUACCGCUAGCGUUCUCAGCACUGCAUCGACCGACGCCACGACCAUCUCCCGGGACUCGUCCACGGCUGAUGACUCGUCCAUCCGCGAGUCAACACCGAUUGCCCAGAAGCAGUACGCUCACAGUGCAACCGACAAGAACCUACACACCCAGAUCGAGGACCUCCUCACUGCUCUCAGCGAACUACAACGGAACCACUCCCUACUCGCCACAGAACUACAGAAGGAAAGAGAGGAUCGAGACGAGGAUAGCAAAGCUGUCAAGACUUUGUUGGCGGGGCUGAGGAAGCAAGUGAAGAACGACCAGAUCGCUACCGUAAACAGCGGCGAGGACUCAGAAGACACAACAGAUGAAAAAAGUGAAGAGGUCGAGACACCUACUGAGAGCCUGUUAUCACAACUUUUGGAUACCGUGAAGGGUCGUUUUGGUGCGAAUGAUGAAGGGCACAAGCGGCUGUCGUCGGUGCAGACCAAGUCGCAGCUCCGCGACGAGUUGGCCAGAACCAAAGAACAUCUCAUGAUUGAGACAUCUAAAUCACAGGAGUUCAACCGCCGGAUCGAGGAGCUGGGACAGGAAACCAACACCCUACGGGAACAGCUUCGGGAAAGCCAUACCCACGCCCGAAGCCUCCACCAGGACAAGCAACGUCUCGAGAAACAGGUCCACACUAUGCGCGUGAGAGCUUCUGCUGAGACGCCAGUCGCUACGGCCGAGCCCGGCGGUUGGUUCUCGUCGACGGCGACCCUUUCGGCUGGCAAUGCCAGCGCCAGUGGCGGCGGAAACAGCGGCGGCCUUCGCGAGUUGAAGCUCGGACGUAGCAAGUCGACGCCCAACGGACAGUCCACCUUUAGCAAAAGGACCUCGUCGUUGAUCCAUCCGCAGACAGAACCGAUUCCCUCUAACGAACAAGACGCUCUUGUCAGUGAACUGGUACAGGCGAAGACUGCCGAAGCCAUCGCUCGGCAGGAAGCGGACGAGUACAGGCAAAAGCUUGAGACUCUGCGGAAAGCCUGCGGUCUUGCUCUGGGUGACAUAUCGGCGGCUUCGACGGCUUCGGGCAUGAUCGGACGAUCCACGACUUCAACAGCCGAAGCGAGCGCUGGAAGUGGUGCUAAGAGCGCUGCUCCCGCUACCGCGUCGACAGCCACCACUAAUACGGGUUCUGGCGGCUUCUGGGGCUGGCGGCGGUAG